AUGCAGCCUGGGCGCUGCAACUACGGACACUCCACCUACUGGCCUGGUCACUGCAACUACGGACACUCCACCUACAGGCCUAGGCGCUGCAACUAUGGACACUCCACCUACAGGCCUGGACGCUGCAACUACGGACACUUCACCUACAGGCCUGGGCACUGCAACUAUACGGACACUCUUCCUACAAGCCUGGGCACUGCAACUACGGACACUCCACCUACAUGUAACUACGGGCGCUCCACCUACUGGCCUGGGGGCUGUAACUACGAAUACUCUACCUACAGGUCUGGACGCUGUAACUACGGACACUCUACCUACAGGUCUGGGCACUGCAACUACGGACACUCCACCUACAGGCCUGGACGCUGCAACUACGGACACUUCACCUACAGGCCUGGGCACUGCAACUAUACGGACACUCUUCCUACAAGCCUAGGCGCUGCAACUAUACGGACACUCUUCCUACAAGCUUGGGCGCUGCAACUACGGACACUCCACCUACUGGCCUGGGCGCUGUCUGGACGCUGUAACUACGGACACUCCACCUACAGGUCUGGGCACUGCAACUACGGACACUCUUCCUACAAGCCUGGGCGCUGCAACUACGGGCGCUCCACCUACUGGCCUGGGCGCUGUAACUACGGACACUCCACCUACAAGCCUAGGCGCUGCAACUACAGACACUCCACCUACAGGCCUGGGUGCUGCAACUACGGACACUCCACCUACAGGCCUGGGCGCUGUAACUACGGACACUCCACCUACAUGCCUGGACGCUGUAACUACGGACACUCCACCUACAGGUCUGGGCACUGCAACUACGGACACUCUUCCUACAAGCCUGGGCGCUGCAACUACGGGCGCUCCACCUACUGGCCUGGGCGCUGUAACUACGGACACUCCACCUACAAGCCUAGGCGCUGCAACUACAGACACUCCACCUACAGGCCUGGGUGCUGCAACUACGGACACUCCACCUACAGGCCUGGACACUGUAACUACGAACACUCCACCUACAGGUCUGGGCACUGUAACUACGGACACUCCACCUACAGGCCUGGACGCUGUAACUACGGACACUCCACCUACAGGUCUGGGCACUGCAACUACGGACACUCUUCCUACAAGCCUGGGCGCUGCAACUACGGGCGCUCCACCUACUGGCCUGGGCGCUGUAACUACGGACACUCCACCUACAAGCCUGGGCGCUGCAACUACGGAUACUCCACCUACAGGCCUGGGCGCUGCAACUACGGACACUCCACCUACAGGCCUGGACGCUGUAACUACGGACACUCCACCUACAGGUCUGGGCACUGCAACUACGGACACUCUUCCUACAAGCCUGGGCGCUGCAACUACGGGCGCUCCACCUACUGGCCUGGGCACUGUAACUACGGGCGCUCCACUUCAAGAGGCUCCACCUCCAAGUACUAA